UGGUUUCGAACGGAGUUAAAUAGUUACGGACGGAUUGAAGCGCCGAACGCUACGCUUUCGUGAAUGAAGUAGCAGUGUUGUUGUAGUGUGUUUUGCUUAUUUGGCUUUCAUUGAGUUAUUCUUGAAUCUGGCCUAAAUAGGAGCACGAAAUGGACGCUUAAGUGAGACGACGUGCGGCCAACGUUGACAUUUUACGUGCGUUUAACGUAUGUGUGCAUAUAUGUGAGUGUGUGUGUUCAAGUGGAAUUUGUUCAAUUGAAUAUCGGUGAUUAACUAGCUAUGUACCUUUGCGUACUUUGAGGUGUUAAUAAGCGUCGGGAACGUGUGAAAUAAUUACAGCUAGAGGGAUAGGUAUUUAGAAGAGUUGCUGGAUAAAGAGGAUAAAGAUAUUGUUGUCCAAAUUGUGAGUGCAUUGAAUUAUUGUGUUUGUGGAAAUAUUUACAAAGAUGUAGCAAACGUAAAAGUGUGAGAAACUUGUCCUGAAGAAAGUUUAAAAUUCAAAAGUGCAUAUUUUUCAAAUAAAAUUUGUUUUAAAUUUGUAUAAAAAUCGAAAACGCUGUUGCUCAAAGCAAAUUUGACGUGUAAAACGCUUUGGAGCUUCAAUAAUCGAAAUCUGAUAGAAAAAUUUCCUCCUCACCAGUCAUAAGAAACGGUUUAAUACUUUUAACAAACGCUAAAACGCGACCUCCCAGCUUCGAAUGUACAUGUUUAGCUGGAAACUUAACUGAACACCAACAGUAACAACAAUAAACACAAAAACAACAAGCAACCUAAUAAAAUUAAAACAAUACCGACAACGACAACGAGUGCUGCAAAACCUGCCAAACAAGUUGUUUGAAAAAUAAAAAUGGGAAAAUAAAACAAACGAAAAUAAAAUACAAAAGCAACAAUAUAAAAACCUGCAAAGCGCAGAAAUGAAAUAAAAUUUCGAAAAGAACUAAGCGAGCAUUUUCGUGUAACGAAACCAAAAAAUCUGCAAAAGCGCUAAUACAACGCGUGUGUUUGUGCGCGGGAGUGCUCAUAAGUGUAUGUGUGUGUGUGGUUGUGUGCGGAAAACGAAAAAUUAUUGCAUAAAAGAAUAAAAAGCUGUUUCAAAAAUACGAAAAGCAGUGACGCGACUGCAACUGCAUUACAGCCAGCCAAGACGCGUCCCUGUAACUGCGCGCGCCCUACGCUCCAAGGCGGCGCAACAAACCAGACCACCCAUCGACGUAGCGCGCACGACGAGCCGCUUUUGCGCGCCUAUACCAAGCCUACCGAACGCGAAACUCGCUUUGCCCACAAGCAAGCGACGGAAGAAGCGCACGGAGGAAGCGCAGAAGCACAGCUGAGCUCGCCGCGACGGCCUACUCUUGCAGCAAGCAACCUUUGAGGCCGCACGCUUCCAUGGAUAUAUCGCCCACGUUGUCUGCAAUCGCAUGACAAUAAGCGCCGCGGUACUCGAGACAAAGUAGGCGCAUUUUGAGCGCUUGCGUUUGAGGAAAAGUGCAAACCGAGCAUAACGCGCGGUUUUUACGCAGCGCCCAAAGUGUGUUGGAGGCGUCGCAAGUUAUUUUCGCAAGGAAAAAGAAAUAUUAUAGCGCAGUGCUGUGGUCACAGCUUGAGUUCUGGUCCGCGCUGUGUCCGAUCUGAAGGUGGCAUUUUAUACUGAAGGCGCCGAACGACGUUGGGUACGCCAAGCCGUCAUGGGGGUACUUAGGUGGCGCGAUCUACCCGGAUCGCGAACUUCUGUCGGCAAUAAUAAUAACAAUCACAAUAAUGCUAACGGCGGCAACAACAACAAUCGUGAGACGCACCAUCGCAAUUCGAAUGACGAACGUGUACCACAUCCGCAUGAAGGCAGUCAAUCUGGCAACUUCACCCACCACAAUGGUCUGCAACACUCCGGCUCGCGCUCUACACUGCGACAUUCAAUGUCUACGACAGCCGCGAAUUCUACACCCGCUUCACCACAACUAAGUGGCAUUGGUGGCCCGGUUUCAGGCACUGGCAAUGGUGUUGGCGUUGCCAAUCAAUUACUCUCCAAUGGCCAGCAUUAUCAGUCACAAUCGUCGGUAUCUUCACAGACUUCACAGUCGUCGAUUGUGUCCACCAUACCUGCCUCACAACGUCUGCUGGAGGAUGCGCUCGCCAAGAACGCACCAUAUCCGAUGAUUAUUUUACCAUUGAACGGCGGCUACUGGGUGGAUGGCACCGAGCAUGAGUGUUCAUUUGAUGCGCGCGGCAAUCCGAUGUUGCCGCAAACAACCUGGAUGGCCAAAUUCGAGACAGACGACACGGCAAAGUGCUAUCGUCGUUUCUAUGCGGCGCGCGAACAUUCGAAUCUUGUGGGUCAAGAUGAUGUAUUUGGACCGAUAUUGAUUUCCAUCAAAACGGAGAAUGUAGCAAAUCAAGAACAUGCACGCAUACUGUUGCGCCUACGUACCGGUACCAUGCAUGAACUAAUACCGAUGUCGUGUAUGGCACCCAAUCCGACACCUGGUAAAAUUGUGCGCCUGUUGAAUGAGCAAAUUACGGUGGAGAAUUUUGUACCCAUGUUAUGUUCGAAGGCAUCACAAUUGAUUGCCGCCUAUGAUGAGCAUGUAUUGGUUUCGAAUUUUAAAUUCGGUGUGCUUUACCAAAGAUAUGGACAAACCACGGAGGAGGAACUCUUUAGCAACAACAAUUCAUCGCCCGCAUUUGAGGAAUUCCUAGAUGUUUUAGGUCAGCGUAUAAAAUUGAAGGAUCACAAGGGCUAUCGCGGUGGUCUGGAUAUACAGAAUGGACACACCGGCGACACCGCCAUAUAUGAGGUGUUCAAGGAACGCGAAAUCAUGUUUCACGUCUCGACAAUGUUACCCUACACUGAGGGCGAUCCACAACAGCUGCAGCGCAAACGACAUAUCGGCAAUGAUAUUGUCGCAAUCGUAUUCCAGGAAUCGAAUACGCCAUUCUCACCCGACAUGAUCGCCAGUCACUUUCUACAUGCUUUUAUCGUAGUACAACCGCUAGAACCAAAUACGCCGAAUACACGCUACAAGGUCAGUGUGACAGCACGUGACGAUGUACCGUUUUUCGGACCAACACUACCCAAUCCAGCUGUUUUUCGCAAAGGCCAAGACUUCAAAGAAUUUAUAUUGACCAAACUUAUCAAUGCUGAGAAUGCUUGCUAUAAGGCAGAGAAAUUCGCGCAAUUAGAAUUGCGUACGCGUACCUCGCUUCUGCAAAGCCUUGUUGAGGAAUUGAAGGAGAAAACGCGCGACUUCUUGGGCACAGAUUUCACGAAUGGCGUGACUGUCAGCCCAACACCAGAAACACCAAAGUCCGAGAACAGCACAGCCGGUUCGCGUUUCAUAGACACGGUCAAGAAAGCGCUAAUUUCGCGCGUGCGCUCACAAAGCGUUGAUACCGGCAAUAUGGCGCCAAGCGUUGAGAAAUUCAGCGUCUCGACGAAGAUGAACUCAUCCGCUUCAUCGACGACUUCCAAGAAGGACAACAGUCUAACGGAGACACCGAAUUUGAAUGCCUGCAGUCGCACCGCUUCGAAAUCUUCCUCGAAAUCAAAAUCGUCGAAUGACUCCACCUCCUCAUCGCCGGAUAUCACCUCACGCGGUCCGCUCAGCAGCAGCAACACCAUCAACAACAAUAACGCAAAUAUGGGCGGUGUUGCCACCGCCAAAGACAUGCAGAAUGGCAAUAAUGCCUCAGCGCCAGUCAAUGGUGGCGCCGGCGUUGCCACCAUGUCCGAAACCAGCGAUGACUCCAGCUUGAAUAGCGUAGAUCUCGAUCCUAUGAUGGGUCACAUAGAUGGCGGCGCCGUAUACAUUGACAGCGAUACCGGACUGGAAUCGAUGUCCUCCGCCGAAGCCAUGUCGUCGACGAAAGCGGCCUGUGCGCUAUGUCUGGAUGGCUCACAAAGCUUAAUGGGCUCAUCGCCGAGCAACGAAACAAUUGUGAUGGUGGAGAAUUUGCGUCAGGAGGUCACACGACUCAAAUGCGACAAGCUGGAUCUGCUGCGACAGAAUGUGACAUGUCAGCGCGACAUCAAACGUUUGCGUGAGCGCGAACUUUCGCUGCAGGGCGACUUAGCUGCCGCCGGCAAGGAGAUACUACGUUUACGCGACCUGCUGAAAGAAUAUAUGCCAGAUUCCGCCACAGCGCCACUAUCCAUCUCACCAAUCUAAUGGAGCACGCUUGCUGUGUGCUAGUGCGCGCCUGUGUGUGUGUGUUUAGCUGUGUCGGUGUAUGUAUGUGUGUAGUUAUUGUAAGCGUGCAUUUGCUAAGCAAAUGCCGUUAUAAUAUGGUGCAAGCAGCCGAAAUGCAUGGGAAUCCUUUUGUGCCGUGUCAAACACUCGUGUGGGGAGUUGAGGAGCCGAAGAGCUUGGCUCUUGAAAAAAACAUAAAACUAACUGUAUUAUAGGUAUGUGGUAAAAGGUGACAGAAGAUGGUCGUAAGCAGUUGAUUGCGUGACGAAAACGAAAUGGGUUAAUUCAACACAAACACAAAAAGUUACACCAAAAAUUUAAUUUAAGUAUAUUUAAAGCAAAAAUAUUAAUAUUAAAUAACAGCUGUAUUUAAAAGUAGGAAAAUGUAUGCAGAAACUAAAAAAAAUCUCAUGAACACUCAAGCAUUAUAGUAUAUAACACACACAUAUAUAUGUUUAUAUACAUAUGUAUAUGUUGCACGAAGUAGCCAAGUUGCAGCUUGCAAGUGGCGUUGUUGUAUGUAGUGGCAUAUGCGUCGCAUGUGCUCGCUAAAACUGACCGUUAGUUAAUGCGCCAAAGCAGUUCGUUAAUUUUAGGCACUUUUUGCGCUGCAAACGAAACUUUUUAGAUUUAUUGUGAACAAAAAAAAAUAACAAAACAAUUUACGAUUUAUUGUGAACAAAAAAAAAACAACAACAAAACACUUUACGAUUUACUCUUUGGUCAAUUAAUGCAAUGAAAUCAUAUUAAUUUUUUAACUGUAAUUUUUUUUUUUUAAUUUUAUUCACACUUUUUUAUAAUUAAAAAAUAAAUGCUGAGAAUUAGUAGCGAGUAAUGCAAAUUUUACAACAACAAAAAAAAAAAAAUUAAAUUGAAAUAAAAUUUAAAAUAUUAAAAUAAAAUUUAAAAUAUUAAAAUAAAACAUAAAAAUCGCGCAAGCAAUGAUUUAUACCAAUGAACGAGCGUUUAUGUUUACACUAUUUCACUACAAAUACAAAUAUAAGUAAUUUUAAGUUUUUUUUUUAUAUAAACACAUAAGCAUUGAAUUAUUAAGUUUAUUAAUUAACAAAAACAAUUUCAAUUUCACACAUACUUACGUUUAAGUUACUAAAUCUAACAAGACACACAGUGUUUAGCGCAAGCUUAAGCACUCGUUUGUGCGCCACUGUAAAGUUAAACGCUAUAAUUUUACAUUUUUAAUAUAAAACGGCGCUGUAAAUAUUUUACUAUAUUUUAUUUAUAUAAAUUUAAAGCUAAACUUUCUUUUUAAAUACAACAAAUAAGUUAGUACAAGCGCACGCUUUGCAAGGUUAAAGACGUACCGUUACUGCAAGUUGUUAAACUUUAAAUACAACAACAAAUAUUGUAGUGUUUAAAGCAAAAAAAAUUUAAUAGCACAUGUGUCUGUGUGUGUGUGUGGCGUGGCAGGUGCCUUAAGUGCACUCUGCCUCGUCACCAACACACAAACAAACUCAAUUAGAAGUUAGCAAUUUGAGUCACAAAUCAUAAUGUUGUAGCAAAAGAGUUUAAAUACAUAUUUAGUGCAAAGUAAUUAUAAAGCAUAAAACAAAAAAAAAUUACUCACGUUCAAGUUGAAACAUUUAUAUACAUGUGUAUGUAAACUUAUUAAAAUUUACCUAUUAGUAGCGAGCGUUAGCUAUACAUACUAUAUACAUACAUAUAUGUAUAUAUGUACUAUAUACAUAUGUAUAUGUAUAUGUAUGUACUAUAUACAUGCAUGUAUAUAUACACAUAUAUACGUGCAUAUAUUUAUUUGUGUAUAUAGUAUAUCACAGUUUUUUCUCUUUUGGUUUUGUUAAAAGAUAUUUUUUAUUUUUUUUUUGUUUGAAGAAAUACUAAAAUAUACAUAAUAUAUAUACAUGCAAAAAGAAAAAAGCAGAAAUUUGUGUGUUUUGUUAAUGAAGUGAGCGCGGAUUUACGCAAAUGUACGAGCAAAGUCGCAAAUCUAUGUUAUCAUUACUUACGUAUGUGUGUAUGUUCGUGCGGUGUAUACUCGCCAACUACUACAUCUAAGGUCUAGCAAUUCAUAAUCUACAAUAUUAAAAAAACAAAAACAAAAAAACAACAACAAAUCUACAAAUGUACUUCUGAGCAUUGAAUAACAUUCAGCACUUACAUAAAUACAUGAAAUUAUUAUA